AUGGGGCUCAAACAAGGGCUAAAUACAAAAGAGGCCAUUAAAAUGAGAAAAAUGCUUCCCAAUUUUCUCAAACCCGAAGCACUACAACGAUACAUCAGUAUAAUGGAUCAUAUUGCUCAAAGACACUUUGCUGAUGACUGGGAAAACAAGAAUGAAAUUGUCGUUUUCCCUCUAGCAAAGAAAUUCACAUUCUGGCUGGCCUGCCGUUUGUUUGUAAGCGUAGAAGAUCCCAACCAUGUUGCUAAAUUUGCUGAUCCUUUUGAUCUUUUAGCCUCUGGGCUUAUUUCUCUUCCCAUAGACUUGCCCGGUACACCAUUUAAUCGUGCCAUCAAGGCCUCAAACUUUAUCAGAAAAGAGCUUGUUGCCAUAAUCAAACAGCGAAAACUCGAUUUGGCUGAAGGAAAGGCAUCACCAACACAAGAUAUAUUAUCACACAUGCUUUUGACUAGUGAUGAAAAUGGAAAAUUCAUGCAUGAAUUGGAUAUUGCUGAUAAGAUUUUAGGCCUGCUUAUUGGAGGCCAUGAUACCGCUAGUUCUGCAUGCACUUUCAUCAUCAAGUUUCUUGCAGAGUUGCCUGAGGUAUAUGAGGGAGUCUACAAGGAACAAAUAGAGAUUGCCAAAUCGAAAGCUCCAGGUGAGUUGCUGAACUGGGAAGACAUAAAGAAGAUGAAAUAUUCAUGGAAUGUAGCAUGUGAAGUGAUGAGACUUGCACCACCCCUUCAAGGAGCUUUCAGAGAAGCCAUUACAGAUUUCAUGUACAAUGGUUUCAAAAUUCCGAAGGGAUGGAAGUUAUACUGGAGUGCAAAUUCUACACACAGGAAUCCUGAAUUCUUCCCCGAGCCCCUGAAAUUUGAUCCUUCAAGAUUUGAUGGAUCUGGACCAGCUCCUUACACGUUUGUUCCAUUUGGUGGAGGACCUAGAAUGUGCCCCGGAAAAGAGUACGCUCGCCUGGAAAUUCUUGUUUUCAUGCACCAUCUAGUGAAAAGGUUCAAGUGGGAGAAAAUCAUUCCAGACGAGAAAAUUGUUGUGAAUCCAAUGCCAAUUCCUGCUAAAGGUCUUCCUGUUCGCCUCUAUCCUCACACAAGUUAAAUAAAUUCCGAGUCUUGCCUAAAAGAACUUAGAAUUGCUAAACAAAACACCUUUUUAGGUGCUUUUGUUAUAUGUAUCCUUACAAGAAUGAUUUUAUAAAUUCCUUACAAAUUUCAAGGCCGCUUC